CUGUCACACACAUGUUCCUUGGACUUUAGACUGAAGGGUUAUGAAAACUGGAGGCUAGCAGAUCGUCAUUUGCUUGUUGGGCACAGAGAGGAAAGAGUUGGUCCUCUUUUUUUUUGACAGGACUGGAGUGCCCUUGCUUAGUUUGUCUACUCAUCUGUUGGUGGUUAGAGCAUAAUCAGUAGAUUCCUGUACCCUGUGGGGAGCUUUGGUUGAAGGCUUUCUAUAACCUAGAAAAAGGCAAGAACUCUACCAACAGAAAAACGCAGUUAAGCAUUAACAUAAACGUCACACGCACCACUCAAUUCAGUCCUGUGUAAGGUAUCUUUAGGUUCUAUUGUUCAGCGGUUUUAUGGCUGAGAGUUCUACGGAACCACGACCUGAGAGUGGCCUGCCUUUCGUCUCUUGCUGUGGAAAGGACUGUGAACAGGAACAUCACUAAAAUUUUGCGCUGUGAAAACAUGUCUGCAGCUCUAGAUGAAUACUGUGGCUCAGUCUUUUGGAAUGACUCUGUCCUGGAUAGACCAGACCCAGACUUGCCGGUGUGUUUUGAGCAGACAGUGCUGGUGUGGGUACCCCUGGGCCUCCUGUGGCUCUCUGCUCCCUGGCACUUGGCCACACUCUUCAAGAAGAAGUCUCCUAAAAAUCAACUCUCAAAGAUUUAUAUCUUCAAGCAGGUCCUGGCUGGUCUGUUGUUCCUGACAGCUAUUGCUGCCCUAGCCAUCACUCUGGGAGAAGACUACAGACCAUCAGACAAUUCCAGUACAGAUGGGAAAAACCCAGCGGUGUUCUACACUAACCCUGUCCUGUUUGCGGUCUCAUGGAUUGUAGUGAUGUUGUGUCAGGAGGGCGUGAGACGCAGGGAAGAGGCAGUCGACUCCGCAAGUCUCUUUUUUUUCUGGCUGUUCCUGGUGGUGUGUGAAAUUUUCCCAUUCCAGACUUUGCUGAGGGAGGCAUUAAACCAGGGAGAAAUUGUGGAUUUGCCACGCUUCUGUCUGUUCUACAUAGGAUUUGGUCUAGAGCUGACUGCCUUGGUCACAUCAGCCAUUGCAGAUGCGUCACCUGAAAUCAAGGAGAAAGCCAAGAAGAAUCCAGAGGUUGCGGCGACAUUUUUGAGCCGAAUCACAUUUAACUGGUUCAACAGUAUGGCCUUUAAGGGCUAUAAGAGGCCCCUUGUUCAGGAGGAUAUGUGGGAGCUGAACGGAAGGGAUGCUACUGAGUACCUCAGUCAGAAGUUUGAGGAAGUAAUGAAUAAAGAGAUACAGUUAGCUCGUGUGAAAUUACAGAAGAAACUGAGCAAGAAAAGACCCAAGCAAAAAACUGAUCCACAGGAGAAUGGUCUGGCAAAGGGAGUUAGCCAGGAUGUUCUGGUUAUGGAGGAAACUGACAAAAAGAAAAAGAAGAAGAAGAAGAAGAAGGAUAAGGAAGUAGAGAAACCCUAUCCUAAGUCAUGGCUGGUUCGUACCAUUGGAAAAACAUUUAAAUGGAUGCUGCUGGAGUCAGCUGUCUUCAAACUGAUUCAGGACUUACUGGCUUUUGUCAGCCCUCAGCUUCUCAAGCUCAUGAUCUCCUUCACUCAAGACAAAGGCAUUUUUGUUUGGCAAGGGUACCUAUAUGCAGUGUUACUGCUGGUGGUAGCCAUUCUACAGUCCGUGUUUCUACAACAGUAUUUUCAGCGCUGUUUUGUGCUAGGCAUGCAGGUCCGCACUGCAAUCAUGGCCGCUGUUUAUAAAAAGGCACUUGUGGUGUCCAAUGAUGCUCGAAAGGAGUCAACGGUGGGGGAGACAGUGAACUUGAUGUCGGCUGAUGCCCAGCGAUUUAAUGACGUGACCAACUUUAUCCACCUGCUGUGGUCCUGUCCACUUCAGAUAAUUCUCUCCAUAGUUUUCCUCUGGCUUGAACUGGGCCCGUCUGUUUUGGCUGGCCUGUUAGUCAUGGUGCUCAUGGUUCCAAUUAACGGACUACUGGCCACGAAGUCCAGGGGCUUCCAGAUGAAAAACAUGCAGUACAAGGACAAAAGAAUGAAAAUUAUGAAUGAUAUACUCAACGGAAUCAAGAUCCUAAAGUUCUAUGCCUGGGAGCCAUCUUUUGAGGUUCAGGUUAAAAAAAUUAGAGAGCAGGAACUGGGAGUGAUGAGGAAAUUUGCCUACCUGUCAUCUGUCUCUACCUUUAUAUUCUCCUGCGCGCCUGCUCUAGUGUCCUUGGCAAGCUUUGGUGUGUUUGUAUCCGUUAGUCCUGAGAAUGUUCUGGAUGCAGAGAAGGCUUUUACCUCCAUCUCUCUGUUCAACAUCCUGCGCUUCCCCCUAGCCAUGCUGCCCAUGCUCAUCUCCGCCAUGGUGCAGACAGGUGUAUCUAGGAAAAGACUGGAGAAAUUCCUUGGUGGUGAGGAUUUGGACACAAACGCGGUACACCAUGACAACAGUUUCAGUACUGCUGUGAGCGUUAAUGACGGAACAUUUGCUUGGGAGCGGGAUGCUGAGCCUGUGCUCCAAAAUAUAUCUCUGGACAUUAACCCCGGACGUCUGGUAGCAGUGGUGGGAGCAGUUGGAUCGGGCAAGUCCUCUCUGAUCUCAGCUCUCCUGGGAGAAAUGUACAAUGUGAAAGGACACACCAACAUAAAGGGCUCUUUAGCUUAUGUGCCUCAGCAGGCAUGGAUCCAGAAUGCCACUCUUAAGGACAAUAUUUUGUUUGGUUCUGAGCUGGAUGAGAAGAAGUACCAACAGGUUCUGGAUGCAUGUGCCCUGCGACCUGACUUAGACCAGCUGCCCGGUGGAGAUCAAACCGAGAUUGGGGAGAAGGGCAUUAACUUGAGUGGGGGACAGAAGCAGAGAGUGAGUCUGGCCAGAGCAGCCUACAGCUCAGCAGACACAUACCUGCUGGACGACCCACUGUCUGCUGUGGACUCACAUGUGGGGAAACAUCUAUUUGAGAGAGUCAUUGGACCCAAUGGAUUACUCAAAGACAAGACUCGUAUCCUGGUGACACAUGGGGUGAAUUUUCUGCCCUAUGUGGAUGAGAUAGUGGUGUUGGUGGAUGGGGUCAUGUCAGAGGUCGGCUCUUACAACAGCCUUCGUGCCAGUGGAGGGGCUUUCUCUGAGUUCCUGGAGACCUAUGCCAAAGAGGAGAACAAAAAAUCAGAUGCUGAAGAGGGUUCGUGUCUGUGUGUGUGUGUGUACACUCAGGAGUUUGACCUGAUUCCGGAGGGCGAGGAUCCCCAGGUUGAUAGCCCACCUGAGGACGUGGUUUCCAUAACACUCAAGAGAGAGAAUAGCUUACGACACAGCCAACGACAUGCCCAGCGCAACGGGAGUUUGAGGUUGAGAGCGGGCAGCUCUGUGAAGAAUAAAAAAGAUUCUGAAGAGACAAAGACAGGGCAGCGGCUGAUUGAGAAGGAAGCCAUGGAGACCGGCCGGGUGAAGUUCUCUGUGUAUCUACAGUACCUGAGGGCCAUGGGCUGGCUGUACUCCACUGGGGUCUUCAUCGUCUACUUCAUUCAGAAUGUGGCUUUCAUUGGCUCAAAUUUGUGGCUGAGCGAUUGGACAAACGAUGCUGUGAAGUAUUACAACAUGACAUAUCCUAACCAUGUCAGAGACCAGAGAAUCGGAGUCUUUGGUGCUCUUGGAUUGGCACAAGGGAUCUUUGUCUUCAUGGGCACCCUGAUCCUGGCAGAUGGUGGCAUUAACGCCUCUCGACUCCUGCACUCAAAACUGCUGGCCAACAUCCUUAGAGUGCCAAUGAUGUUUUUUGAUACGACCCCAUCUGGCAGGGUGGUCAACCGCUUUGCAAAGGACAUAUUCACAGUGGACGAGAUGAUCCCAAUGUCCUUCCGCUCCUGGAUUCUGUGUUUACUGGGAGUGCUGGGCACCUUAUUUGUCAUCUCUCUGGCCACUCCUCUUUUCAUUGCCGUCAUUGUCCCUCUGGCAGUUAUAUACUUCUUCGUCCAGAGAUUCUACGUGGCCACCUCCAGGCAGCUGAGGCGUCUGGACUCUGUGUCCCGUUCUCCCAUAUACUCUCACUUUGGGGAGACUGUGUCCGGCCUAUCUGUCAUUCGGGCCUACGGACACCAGGAACGCUUCCUAAAACACAACCACGCCACUAUUGAUGACAACCUCAAGAGUGUCUAUCCUUGGAUUGUGUCCAAUAGGUGGCUUGCUAUCCGGUUGGAGUUCCUAGGAAAUUUGGUCGUGUUUUUUGCUGCAUUGUUUGCGGUGCUGUCUCGAGACACUCUAGACAGUGGACUGGUGGGACUGUCCAUCUCCUAUGCUUUAAAUGUCACCCAGACUUUGAAUUGGCUUGUCAGGAUGACCUCAGAGCUAGAGACCAACAUUGUUGCUGUGGAGAGAGUGAGCGAGUACACUGAGAUUAAAAAUGAGGCACCUUGGAUCACAGACCAUCGUCCUCCAGACGACUGGCCUUCUGAAGGAAAGCUCCGCUUUGAAGACUACAAGGUUCGGUAUCGGCCCGAGUUGGACCUGGUUCUUCAUGGGAUCACGUGUGACAUUGACAGCUCUGAAAAGAUUGGGAUUGUGGGUCGGACUGGGGCAGGGAAAUCCAGUCUGACCAACUGCCUUUUCCGCAUAAUUGAAGCAGCAGAGGGACGAAUCCUAAUAGACGGAGUCGACAUUGCCAUACUGGGACUACAUGACCUCAGGGGUCGACUGACCAUCAUACCACAGGACCCAGUGCUCUUUUCUGGAACUCUCAGAUUGAACCUGGACCCGUUUGAGAGGUUCAGUGAUGCAGACAUCUGGAGAGUUCUGGAGUUGUCUCAUUUAAAAGAUUUCGUCAGUGGUUUGGCGGCAGGACUCCAGCACGAGGUGUCAGAGGGAGGGGAAAACCUCAGUGUUGGACAGAGACAGCUGUUGUGCUUGGCCAGAGCUUUGCUCAGAAAGUCUCGUAUUCUGAUCCUGGACGAGGCCACAGCUGCUGUGGACCUGGAGACAGACAACCUCAUCCAGACCACCAUUCGCAAAGAGUUCUCCCACUGCACCGUCCUCACCAUCGCCCACCGCCUCAACACCAUCCUGGACAGCUCUCGGGUCAUGGUUUUAGACGCUGGUAAAAUUGUGGAGUUUGAUUCACCCAGUGCUCUGUUCCAAAAGCAUGGACACUUCUAUUCCAUGGCGAAGGAGGCUGGGAUCUCCUCAAUCGACUACACAGCGCUGUGAGAAAAGGGAUUUCACAAGCCUGGCAUGGAAUCUUUCUACAUCCCCAAUUUGUGCCCCCUUCUUUAUGACAGAUGUAAAAAUAAAUAAAUAAAUAAUAAAGUUGGCACAGGUUGACAUGGUUUUGUAUGUGUGUACAUGCAAAAUGUAGGGAUUUCAUGACUAGAUGUAUAUUUAAUUAUAAAAUCAUUCUGUUAUGGUAUUUUCUAUACUAAUUGUUGUUGUUUAUAUGUUUAUGUCUUGGGAUAUUUUUGGUGCCGAUAAAGUUUAAGUUAAGAUUGCAUUACUUUGUUUUUGUUAAAGGGAAGUUAGCCAUUGGAGAAAGAGAAACUGGUCCGUUUGAUGUUGAUCUAACUUACGUUAAUGGCAGAAUUGUUGGUUCGAUAUCUUAUUUUACCAUGAGUAAGCAACAAGUUAAAUUACUGUAAGAUUUUUUUGUAAUAAAGUAUU